GCAGACUCUCCAGCCUCGCCUCUCUCUCUGCGGCUGCUGCCUGCUACAAACAACCGACGACCCGGGAGCACUGAGGUACACAGGACCGGGACCGGACCGGACCGGAACUCAACACAAGCGACAGAGACCGACAGACACCAUGACAGAAACCACCAAAACCCACGUCAUCCUGUUGUCCUGCGGCAGCUUCAACCCGAUCACCAAGGGACACAUCCAUAUGUUCGAAAAAGCCCGAGAAUAUCUGCACAAAACAGGUCGUUUCAUCGUGAUCGGAGGAAUCAUCUCUCCCGUGCACGACUCGUACGGAAAACCAGGCCUGGUGCCCAGCAGACAUCGUCUCACCAUGUGUCAGCUGGCCGUGCAGUCCUCUGAUUGGAUCAGAGUUGACCCCUGGGAGUGUUACCAGGACACCUGGCAGACCACCUGCAGCGUGCUGGAGCAUCACCGCGACCUGAUGAAGAGAGUCACCGGCUGUAUCCUGUCCAACGUCAACACGCCAUCGACGACUCCUGUGAUUGGUCAACCACAGAACCAGACUCCUCCCAUCUACCAGAACCACAACAACAUGACCCACAAGCCCACAGCCAUCAAACUGUGGGGGAAGGUCAGCGAGAGUCUGGGGAAGAUCUGCUGCGUCCGUCCUCACAUCGAGCGCUUCACCUUCGUCGAUGAGAAUGCGAACCUGGGCACCGCCAUGAGGUACGAGGAGAUCGAGUUACGCAUCUUGCUCCUGUGUGGCAGUGAUCUCCUGGAGUCCUUCUGCAUCCCUGGCCUGUGGAAGGACAGUGAUAUGGAGGUGAUCGUGGGGGAUUUUGGGAUCGUGGUGGUUCCUCGUGACGGAGCCGACACGGAGCGGAUCAUGAAUCACUCCUCCAUCCUCCGCAAGUACAAGGACAACAUCAUCGUGGUGAAUGACGAGAAGACCCACCCGAUGUCCAUCGUCAGCUCGACCAAGAGCAGACUGGCCCUGCAGCACGGUGACGGUCACGUCGUGGACUACCUGAGUCAGCCGGUCAUCGACUACAUCCUGCAGAGUCAGCUGUACAUCAACGCCUCGGGAUAGAGACGACGGCUGGCGCAUGAGAACAGGAGGAGUGGGGGGGGCGGUACCUACAACCACCAUCAUCGUUAUAAAUUCGACCCCGCCCCCUAAAAAAACGACAUCUUCCUUCUCUGUCUUCUGUGUCAAACAUAUACUCUUCUUUGAGCUGUCGCUUUCCACCUGGAGCAUUCGUGUCCCUCCUUCUGUCUGUGUCAUGUGACUUUACCAUCGGGGAGGGGGGAGGGGGGCAUUUUGGGAUGACAGGGGGCUGCUGGAGAGGAGGUACGGAGGUAAUCCCAAAGGGCUGCGGCGGUCACUGAUGUAUUUUUGCUCUGGCGACAGUGUUUUAUCACUCUCUGUUUUCUGUCUUUAUUAAAGUUUGGGGGUGCAUGACA